CAUCAUCAUCAUCAUCAUCAUCAAGUAUCGUUGUUGUUUAGGUCAAUCGUGACUUCUAAGCCCAUCUUAUAGUGAAAUGGUAUUCUUCGUAUAGAAGAGAACUGUCACCGAACAGCUACUAUUACAGCUACCUACAACCGUCUACUUUGAUCACGACAAGCUCUGGAGCCAUGUCGGCUUCCACCCUAUUCGUCAAGCCCGCUCGGGCACUGAUCGUUGGCGGCACCGCUGGUAUCGGUAAAGCGGUCGCCAUCAAUCUCAUUUCGAACCUCCCUCCCUCGUCAAAGAUCACGAUCGCGGGGAGGAACAGGUCGUCCGUCGAGUCGCUUCUGACUCCCGACGUCGAUUUCCAGCCGAUCGAUGCAGCCUUGAUGGCCCGUGUCAAGGAAUUAUCAGCAGACUAUAUCCGUUCGAUCGAGAGCUCGACACUUCCCCAGGUCGACCUCUUGGUCAUGUCCCAAGGAAUCCUCUCGACACGAGGCCGAACGCCGACAAGCCCCGAGAACAUCGACCUGAAGAUGGCGUUGUACUACUACUCUCGCAUGUUGCUCAUCAAGGAACUCCUCCCCGUUCUUUCGCCUACGGCGACGGUGUUAUCUAUCCUCGAUGGGAAGCGGUCCGAUAUCCACGCUUCCUCGAUCAACUGGACCGACCUGGAUCUCGCUCAUGAAGGGAACUACGGACUCUCUGCGGCGCGGAACCACUGUUCGUCGAUGACGGACGCCAUGAUGGAAGCGUUCGCUGCACAUGAACAGGAAGGUCAGGAGAGGGUGUUCAUCCAUUCUUAUCCCGGCGUGGUCGAUACUACAACUGGCAACCCGAACAGCGAUCUGCCCGUCUACGCCAGGGUUGCACUCUCCGCACUGCUUUGGGUGGCAGCGGUCAGUCCGGAGAAAUGCGCAGAGUACAUGUUACAGGGCGCGGCUACGGUUCGGAAUAAGGGAAAGGGUAGAUACAACAUCGACGAGAAGGGAAGAGAGGUCGUCAAGAAGCACAUCGGGGACGACCUCAGAGGGAAAGUGUGGGACCAUACGUGGGACUUGAUCGAUAGCCAGCCGAAUCCCAGCUGAUGAUGGGUGUCAUCUCUCCUACCACCUUCCGAUCGUAAUGUCGGUACUUCAUCGUCAGGUCAAUACGAUACAUGCGCUACCGCGAUACCUAGUAGUAUAAGCCAGAUUUGCUCCGCCUGUAUGGCCGACGAAACCCAUGGACUUGGUCGUCCUUCCUGAUAGCAUCCUUCGCUUUCUGCCACAUCGUCGUAAUAUAUUACCCAUACCCCUGACUCGUCAAAACUCGAAAUGGUCAAAGGGGACCUGGCGAGGAAACGCACUGGGGUCUGAAUCAAUAAUGACAGAUACUGUAGUGUGAUCUGGAUUGGAAUACCAGGACGAUCUCAGAGUGUACAGGUAAAGGCCGUCGAUCAUUCCAAAUACAAAGUAUCGUAUCGUUACAUGUCGUCAAAGGUUGUCGUAUAGUCUCGCGGACUAGAACACGUUCGAUAGUGG